GGGAAAAUAAACGGUAAAUAUUGGGCCUCGGUGCGGCCGUUAAAUGAAGGACUAACCGUUGUUUUUUUCCCGCCGUGCUUGGUUUCGGUCCCCGACGGUCACGUGACUUAUUGAUUUCGUCUUUUUUGUGUCUGUAUUUUUUGGCCAGCUGAAGGGAUGUCUGUGGCGGGUUUGAAGAAACAGUUCCAUAAAGCCACUCAGAAAGUCAGUGAGAAGGUUGGCGGGGCAGAAGGAACCAAGCUCGAUGAGGACUUCAAGGAAAUGGAAAAGAAGAUGGACAUCACCAGUAGAGCAGUGUUGGACAUCAUGACCAGAACUACAGAGUACCUACAACCUAAUCCAGCAUCCAGAGCCAAGUUGAGUAUGAUCAACACCAUGUCAAAGAUCCGCGGGCAGGAGAAGGGUCCGGGCUACCCGCAGGCUGAGACCGUCCUCGGCGACACCAUGCUGAAGUUUGGACGGGAGUUAGGGGAGGAGUCAAGCUUUGGCAUGUCAUUGAUCGAUGCUGGUGAGGCGAUGAAGGAGCUCGGGGAGGUGAAGGAUGCUUUGGACAUGGAGGUCAAACAGAACUUCAUCGAUCCCCUGCAGAACCUCCACGACAAAGACCUCAAAGAGAUCCAGCACCAUCUGAAGAAAAUGGAGGGCCGCCGUUUGGAUUUUGACUACAAGAAGAAGCGUCACGGGAAAGUCCAGGACGACGAAAUCAAACAAGCGCUGGAGAAGUUUGACGAGAGCAAAGAAAUUGCAGAGCAGAGCAUGUUUAACCUGCUAGAAAGUGAUAUAGAGCAGGUGAGCCAGCUGGCAGCGCUGGUCCAGGCUCAGUUGGAAUACCACAGUCGUGCUGCCGAAAUCCUCCAACAGCUCUCCAGCAAGAUGGAAGACAGAAUAAAAGAAGUGUCCGGUAAACCGAGGAAGGAAUAUACCCCCAAACCCCGGAUGACCCUGGAGCUGCUGCCCCCCAGUGAGAGCCACAAUGGUGGAAUCCACUCUGCCAAGUCUCCGGGAAGAUCGCCAGCGCCGAUGGACCAGCCGUGUUGCAGAGCACUCUAUGACUUUGAACCAGAGAACGAAGGCGAGCUUGGCUUCAAAGAAGGCGACGUCAUCACCCUGACCAAUCAGAUCGAUGACAACUGGUACGAAGGAAUGAUCAAUGGCCAGUCGGGCUUCUUCCCCAUCAACUAUGUGGAUAUCCUGGUGCCGCUUCCUCAUUAGGUCCUGCCAAUGACCCAACCACGCCCCUCAACCUUUCCAGACACCCUGAAAACGGCCUGCAUUUGCAUAAACGACUAACCAUGCCCACUUUGACUUCUUCUGUGCUUCUGUGCGAUUCUGCUUUCACAAAAUGGACCGAAUUGGCGAGGAUUCGCUGGAUGACAUCAGACGAGAUGGCGUGUUGAAGAGAAGUAGUUGGGGGAGGGGAAGGGUGUGACCGUCGGCGAUGCAGACGAACAGGACGGUAAGAUACAAGAAGAUGACGAGGUGAUGUUUCAUUGCGUGGUGCUCGUUCCGCUGUGCAACCGCCGCAUACUGAUGAGGCUUCAGAGACUUACGGCACGGUGUAUUUGUACGUGCAUGUCUGUGUUUGUGUGUGCAGUCUGACCUGUUAUUGUUACCGAGCCAGCACAACUUCCUGCUUGUCAGUUUAACCGCCUGACGGCUGUUUAUCACGAUCCUGUCUCCUGCCUCUGCUCGCCAUCUUUCUGCGGAUGUAAUAACGCCUUUUUCACCUUGACGUCCCUUCCUGCGCUUUUUCCUGACCCCAGAAAUUGCAUCGGUUUUCAAGAGUCUUCCCAACACUUCCUGUCUUUGGUUGGCUCCGCCUUUUAGCCUGACAUCACACAGAACUCUGAUCCGUGAUCCGGAGCCACCGCGGCAGUUCUGCAGGUUACUUUUCCAGUAAACGUUAUAAUUUUCUAGCAGUGCUUGCAAACGUAAUUUGAGCGAAAGGCGAGUAAAUCUGAGGUUUGAAGAGCGUGUCAUUGGGAUAAAUCAGUGCAUCUGCGAUAAGAAGACCGACCAAGAGUGACGCAAAGUUAUUACGGGGCUCGUUCAACACAUUGGAAAAUAACAGUACAGUUUGAUUUUGUCAGAUUUUCCCAUCAACAAGGACGCGACAACACAACCUUGUGCUCUGUUGGCCUUUUCACCGGGUAACUAAAUGACUUUUUUUGCGAUACAAAAAGCUAAUCUAACGGAUCCUUUUAGUGUCUUGUGCCGAUUUGUCUUAGUUAUGACUUUUGCAUGCAGGUCCAUGUGAACACUGGUCUGUGUUUUUUGAAAUUCCCAUUCGAUAUACAUUCCUCUCCGUUAUAACGGAAAUGGCGGUUAUACCUGAUUAUUUAUGGUGUUGAACCUGGUUCAGGGCACUUCUGUCAGACGCUUGGUUGUUGAGACACAUUGUCCAUUGCCACGAUUAAAGCUGAGACAACCCGUCUACCCAGUUGUUGUACUUUGCCACAUGAAAUUGUACUUCACAACAUUCUAGAAUUCCCAGGACUUUAAGUACUGAAGGUCCAGUAACCCGUGUAAAGUUUAGGAAAGUUCUGCUAAAUUUGGACCCUUUUUUGGAUCAAUCUCAUAUCAGGCUACUCUGAAUAUGUGAUAAUAUUUACAACAAUAUAGUAAUUUGAUUUAGAAGAUCUACACAACUGUGUAAAUCUUUUACGGUAAUUUUGGAACACUGAA